AUGAAAGAAAACUUCAGCAGAGUAAAAAUGCCAUCAUGGUUUAUUUGUUUGUUUCUGCUAGUUCUGUUUCCAGCGCUGAAUGCACUAGUUAAGAAAGACUGCACGAUAUUCAGGAAGGAUUUCAACAGCUUAAAUGUACCUUAUAAAUCUUGGUGUGUUGAUAUCCAGGAGAGGGGCUUCAGUGUCUAUGCUGUUUGUGACAUUAAUCAGGAUUUAAUGAAAGUUAUGGAGAUGAACAUAAAAGAUAUACAGGCAAUUUGUCUGUGGGGGAAAGCACAAACAAUACAGCCAGGUACGUUUUCUCAUUUUAUCAAUUUAACUGCUAUUUAUCUAGUUGGAAACUACCAUGUCAUGCCUGGUGCCUUUCAAGGGCUCAGAAACCUGUCUCUUCUUUGGAUGGAAAGUCACACGAGAGACAAAAAAAGCUACAUUACUUUUAGUAGUGAUCCUUUUCUUGGGUUGGAAACAUUGAAAGAGCUUAGAAUAGAUUAUGUGCCAUUCUCCAGCAUUGAAUAUACAAUAUUCAAACCUCUGUCUCAGCUGGAAACUCUUAUUCUGAGUGUAAACAACAUCACAAAAUUAUCCCAAGUUACCAAGGAAUUGGGUAGUUUACCCUCCUUAAAAAGUCUGUCUGUUACCUAUAAUAACAUUGAAAGUAUUAGGAAAGAAGACUGCUUGUCCAGAAAACAGCCUACUGAAAACAGUACUGUGUAUAAUAUGAUUAAUAUUACAUUCCUUGAUCUCACCAGAAAUCCUCUAGUGAAUAUUGAGGAAAACUCAUUGUGUGACUUCCCUUAUCUGACUCUUCUGAAAGCUGACGAAAGUUAUCUGAAAGGUGGUGAACUUUACCAGUCUGGAAUUCAAAGAAUAGAAAUCUUUUCACUGCAAAGAGCACUCCAUUUAAAUUUUUUCCAGAGAGGAAAUGUAUGUCAUUUUGCAUCCCACUUUCAGGUCAAGGAGUUACUUCUGACACAUGAUCACAUUUUGGACAUCAGUGCCACAGAGCUGUGUCCUACAAGCCUAAAAAAGUUGAAUAUUGCAGAGAACUCAUUAAGUGUCUUAAAAACAAAUGCAGUUUGGAACCUUAGUGAAUUAUCUGCUUCAGACAAUACCAUUCAAAAUUUGGAGCUUUGCCAAACAAUUUUGAGAUCCAAUACACAAUCUAGAUUAGUGUCACUGAAUCUUGCAUCAAACUGGAUACGUACUAUACAUGCAAAGCAAUUCUUUUGCCUAGGAAACCUUAGAAUUCUCUUUUUGAAUAAUAACAAAAUAUCUGAAAUCCAUGACUUUGCCUUUGAUGGGUUGGGCAAUCUGGAAUUGCUAAAUCUUGAAAACAAUAACAUAAUACUUCUAGAUAAGGAUAGUUUGUUUGGACUCAUUAGUGUAAAACAAUUGAGCUUGGGCCAAAAUAAGAUUGAGAAACUGGCACCAAAGCAAUUUCAGUACUUGAGGGAGCUACAGGAAAUUAAGAUAAGCUUUGCUAACAGCAUAGAUUAUAUUGACUGGAUGGAUUAUAUCAAAGACCACCUUCAUAUAGUGUCUAUCAAAACCUUUGCUGACUUUAUAGAAAUGGAGGCUGAGGUAUUCAACAGCUUGGUCUUAGAAAAUGUGGAGGCCGAGUCUUUCUUUUUAGCUAUAGAUGACUGCACCACUUUUCCAUUUCAUAAAAUAAAAGAUCUAUAUGUCUGGAAUAAUGCAGAUUUUAUUUGUAUGGAGCCAUGUGGGGCACCAGCAAUCAAAUACUUCACUAGCCUCCAAGCCCUGUAUUAUAGUUCUAGCUUGGGAGAAAUGGCUUAUAAAAGUCCUCUGAAUAACACUCUUCAUUAUCUACAACAUUUAGAAGUUCUCUACUUACAAGAUAUUAACAAAGUUGUACAAAACACUAAAUUAGAUGUCAAUAGUCUGUUCCAUGGUUUGCAAAAGCUAAAGAUGUUAAGACUGAAGAAUGCUGGGAUACUAUAUUUUACAAUAGCCAUGUUGCAAGACCUGACAUCCCUCAAAACCUUUAUUGUAGAAGACCAGAUCAUUGAUGAGCUGCAAGAUGGACUAUUUAACAACUUGCCAAACUUGGAAUAUAUUUAUUUUAAAAAUGUAGAUUUUAAAUGCAACUGUAAAUUGUCAUGGAUGAAUGAAUGGUUAGCUACUACUGAUCAUAUACAGGUGUUUGACUUUUAUACUCAAGACUGUGUCAGUGGAAAUUUGUCUCUUAACCUUCUUCAGUUUCUUGAAGAACAAUGCACAUCAGAAACUGAAUUUGUUAUCUUCCUUGGAACUUUCUUACCUACUUUGUUCUUUCUUCUUGCUGCAAUACUAUAUAAAAACACAUGGUGGCGUAUUUUAUAUUUAUACUAUGUGUGCAGGGCAAGGCUAAACUACACAAAGAAGAAAGAGAUCAAAAACCAGUACCAGUACGAUGUAUUUAUAUCUUAUAGCAGCCAUGAUGAAUGGUGGGUUAUUAAUCAGCUUCUUCCAAACCUUGAAGAAAAGGGACCACCAUUCUUUACAGUUUGUUUGCACAGCAGAGAUUUUGAACUUGGCAAGUAUAUUAUGGACAACAUAAUGGAAAGCAUUAAUAAAAGCCAGUUUACCAUUUGCCUUAUCACUCACCAUUAUUUGCAGAGCCAUUGGUGUUCCUUGGAGAUGCAGAUGGCCAGCUACAGACUGAUUGCUGAAAACAAAAACAGACUUCUUCUGGUCAUUUUGGAGAAAAUAGCUUUAGAAGAAAUAUACCAUUAUCAAAAGCCAGCUCAACUCUUGCAAAAGAAAACUUACCUGGAGUGGGCAGAAUAUAUGAUGGGCCAGCAACUUUUCUGGGCAAAACUACGAAAGACACUUGGGAAAUUCAGAGAAAAUGAUCCAUGA